AUGGCUCCCGCACUCUUGAUAUCGGAACAGGAUGGCGCAGAAAACACUACGCUUAAUCAUUCAACUGUCAAUGAUAUUGGUCUUACACCAUUAUGCCACAUCAUCACUCCCAUAGGCAUGCUUGGAUAUGGGUUCGACGAGAAUCUCACUCGCGAAGCACUCGAAGAUGUUAAGUCGGACGGCGUCCCAACAGCAUUGAUUUGUGAUUCUGGUUCCACGGAUUCAGGACCCGAAAAGCUUGCAUCAGGCUCCAUGACCGCCCCAAGAGCUAAUUACGAGCGUGAUAUCCAGAAGCUCUUGACUUUAAGUCACGAGUUCCGUGUUCCGAUUAUGAUUUCUUCCGCGGGUGGUGAUGGAACGGAUGAUCACUUGAAUGUCUUCUUGGACAUCAUUCAGGAGAUUUGUGAUGAAGACGUUAACAAAGCAUACAAAUUCAAGACACUCGCAGUGUACAGCAAUGUCUCAAAGGCCAAAGUCCUCGAAUCGCUCCGUGCAGGCAAGGUUAAAGGAUGCGGAUCAGCAGUUCCUUUACUGACGGAAGAGAAUGUCGAGGCUGCUACACAAAUUGUAGCGCAGAUGGGACCUGAGCCAUUCAUUCAGGCGAUGGAGGCCGAGUCCUAUUUUGACAUUGUCAUCGGUGGCCGUGCCUACGACCCCAGCCCGUACGUUGCUUGGUGCGUCUAUCAUGCAAACAAGAAUGCUUCUCCGAAAGGACUAUCGAAUGAGCAGCUCGGUGGCUUCACCCACAUGGGAAAGAUCAUGGAAUGCGGCGCACUAUGCGCUACUCCAAAGUCACAGAGCUCCAUGGCCACGGUAUACCAGGACGGGAGCUUCGAUAUCAAGCCUCUCAGCCCCGGAGCUCGAUGCACUCCCACCUCUGUUGCUUCUCACACUUUGUAUGAGAAAACUCGACCAGACAUCCUCCCUGGUCCGGGAGGUAACCUGAACCUGACCAAAUCCUCUUACAUCCAGCUUCCAGACGACAUCUCCGUUCGUGUCCGUGGUGGCACUUUUGAGUUCUCCCGCUCUGUCGGCCUUCCUUACACCGUCAAGCUUGAAGCGGCAAAGGUUGUUGGUUACCGAACCAUUGUUAUGGGUGGUAUUCGAGACCCCAUACUAAUCUCCCAAUUCUCAAAGGUUGAGAUAAUGAUUCGGACACAUGUUGCUUCGCAGGUGAAGACGUCCGGUGAUGAGUUUUGGAAAUUGGGAUUUCACAUUUAUGGAGCGAGUGGAGUUAUGCAGUCUUUGGAGCCUGGACCAGAGGAAUAUCAACCUCGUGAGAUCUUCUUGGUCGCUGAGGUAUUGGCUAGUACUCAGAAGCUUGCCAAUUCUGUUGCUCAUACUACUCGAGUCGGGAUUGUUCAUGGUUCGUAUGAAGGUCAGAGAGGUACCGCUGGCAAUUUCGCAUUUGGUGUUGGCGGCAAGACGGACAUUGAGAUGGGACCUUGUGGUGAAUUCUGCGUGUAUCACCUCAUGUCGCUUGAAGAAGGAGAGCAGGGUACCUGGAAGAUGAACGGCGAGAAAACUGUGGCCAAGUCUAACGGAAAGGUCAAACCAACAUUCGCCUCAACCCUCAAUUACACCGCCCCUCAAACCCUUACGGACAUCUCCCCUGUAAUCCGUUCCAAAAACUCCGGCCCCUACGAAAUAACGCUUGACGUUGUCUUCUCCUCCCCCGAAAUCUACGAAAUCAUCAAGUCCUCCUCUCUCCUCUCGCCCUCCACCAUCGCAAGGAUGUACCAUCUGGCCGAAGACGAGAUCAUCUGGUGCGGAUUCUUCGAUCAGGCGUUGGGAUGGAAAUGUACAUUUCCAAGGAUGGAGAGGGUUAAAGUUGCCAGUGGGAGCUUUAUGGAGAGUGAUGUUCAUGCUAGUCAGCAGUAUGCGGGGUUGCUUGGGUUGGAGUUGAGCGUAGAGGUUAGGGAUAAGAUUGUGGGAUUGGGGUUGAAGGUUGUGUGA